AUGCCAGGUGCCGUAUCGGAGUUUAUUGAUGAUAUUGAGGAUUUAAUAUCUUCCCAGGAUAUCACGCCGAAAGAAAGAUACGCCAGUAGGAAAAGUGUGAGCGUCCGAUCAAAAAAGAAAGAAAAAAAGGAGACGGAAUGUGUGGAGAAGGUUAUUUUGGAGAGUGUAGUACCAGGAACUCAAACAAUAUACGUGAAAACAUGGGGCUGUGCACACAACAACUCCGACUCAGAGUAUAUGGCGGGUCUGUUGGCUGCUCAUGGUUACAAACUGACAGACGACAAGUUUUCUGCUCAGCUAUGGCUACUGAACUCCUGUACAGUGAAAAGUCCUGCUGAAGAUCACUUUAAGAAUGAGAUUGAACUGGCCCAACAGCGUGGUAUUCAUCUGGUGUUAGCUGGAUGUGUGCCGCAGGGAGCUCCUCGCUCAGGAUAUCUCGCAGGGCUCAGUGUGGUCGGAGUACAUCAGAUAGAUAGAAUCGUUGAGAUUGUUGAGGAAACAUUGAAAGGUCACACAGUGCGACUUUUCGGUCAAAAGAAAACAGAAGAAGGUAGAAAAGCCGGUGGUGCUUCUUUGCUGCUACCAAAAGUGAGGAAAAAUCCUCUCAUAGAGAUCAUACCAAUAAAUACAGGGUGUUUGAACCAGUGUACAUACUGUAAGACGAAACAUGCGAGGGGAGAACUUGGCAGUUACCCUCCCGAGGAAAUAGUUGAGAGAGCGAAACAGUCCUUCAAGGAGGGAGUGUGUGAAAUAUGGUUGACUAGUGAAGAUACAGGAACAUACGGUCGCGACAUAGGUACAUCCCUCCCCUCCCUCCUCAAACAGCUAGUGUCAGUCAUCCCCGCCGGGUGUCGCCUCCGUCUAGGCAUGACCAACCCGCCCUACAUCCUGGAACAUCUGCCAGAGGUCGCUGACAUCAUGCAGCAUCCCAGGGUUUAUAAGUUCCUUCAUGUGCCGGUUCAGUCUGGGAGCGACCAGGUUCUGGCUGACAUGAAGAGGGAGUACUCUAGGAAAGACUUCGAGAGGGUCGUUGACUAUCUCACCGAGAAGGUUCCCGGUAUCACGAUAGCCACGGACAUCAUCUGCGGGUUCCCCACGGAGACGGACGAAGAUUUCGAGGAUACUAUGAGGCUCUGUGAGAAGUAUCGCUUCUCAUCACUAUUCAUCAAUCAGUUCUUCCCUCGCCCGGGGACGCCCGCCGCUAAUAUGACACGAGUCCCGCCUCAAGAUGUAAAGAAACGGACGAAGAAAUUAUCAGAAUUCUUCCGUUCAUAUGAACCUUACACUCACAAGGUCGGCGAGAUACAGGAGGUUCUAGUUACAGAUGUGUCCCACGAUAAGAAAUAUUAUGUAGCACACAACGAGUUCUACGAACAAGUGUUGGUGCCUAAGGAGGAAAAAUAUAUGGGGAAGUUGGUUACAGUUAAAAUAACGAGCGCCUCCAAAUUCUCAAUGAUGGGACACCCUGUAGAUAAACCUAAAAUGCCAGGAUUAGUGAAGCCUUUGAAGAAAGGGGAAGUGUCGGGAUAUUGGAGACAAAGUAAAGCCUCGCUACCUGUACCGAUACUUAUAUUAUUAAUAGCUGUGGUUAUACGGUUGUUAUGGAUGUUUAUAUAA